AUGGACACUCCUACCAGUGUUACCAACAGUUCCAGCCUCCAGAUUUCCCACUUCAUCCUGAUGGGGCUUCCAGGCAUCCAUGAGUGGCAGCACUGGCUCUCCCUGCCCCUGGCUCUGCUCUACUUCUUAGCUCUUUGUGCCAACAUCCUCAUCUUGACCACGAUCCAAAAUGAGGCCAUGCUGCAUGUGCCUGUGUACCAUUUUCUGGGCGUAUUGGCAGUUGUGGACAUGGGCCUGGCCACCACCAUCAUGCCCAAGAUCCUGGCUAUCUUCUGGUUUGAUGCCAAGGCCAUCAGCCUCCCUGAGUGUUUUGUUCAGAUCUAUUCCAUCCACUGCUUCUUAUGCAUGGAAUCUGGUGUCUUCCUCUGCAUGGCAGUGGACAGAUAUAUAGCCAUCUGUCACCCCCUUCGAUACCCCUCUAUAGUCACUGAUGCUUUUGUGGUCAAAGCCACAGGAUUCAUGGUGCUCAGGAAUGGCCUGUUUACUAUUCCAGUUCCAGUACUGGCUGCCCAGAGACACUAUUGCUCCAAGAAUGAAAUUGACCACUGCCUCUGUUCUAAUUUGGGGGUCACCAGUCUAGCCUGUGAUGACAUCACUGUGAACAAAUUUUACCAGAUGAUCUUAGCAUGGAUCCUUAUUGGGAGUGAUAUGGCUCUGGUUUUUUCUUCCUAUGUGUUAAUCCUUCGCUCUGUGCUGAGGUUGAACUCACCAGAAGCAAUGUCAAAGGCUCUGGGGACCUGUAGCUCCCACCUCAUUCUCAUCCUCUUCUUCUACACAGGUAUCAUUGUGUUGUCUGUGACACACUUUGCAGAGAAAAAGAUCCCCCUAAUCCCUGUACUCCUUAAUGUGCUACACAAUGUCAUACCCCCUGCACUCAAUCCCAUGGUCUAUGCACUCAGGAUGCAAGAGCUCAGGCUGGGCUUCCAAAGACUACUUGGGCUGAGUGAAGAUAUGUCCACUAAGUAA